UCGUGUCUCGUAUCAUAUUUUGAGCAGUAUAUGCACACAAUUAGCGAUUGUCUUCUUUAUAAAGCACAGCCAUACACGUAGAAUGAUCAGUUAAGGCACGCUUUAAAAUAUCGAACAUUUGUAGGAUGAACUUUAAUCUGGCCGUGUACAUAUACAAUGGAAAUUGAUUGAUGUUACACAGUUUAUGAAUUUGAAAUGGGUAAAAAGCGAAUUGGGAACUUUAUACGCGGGAUUAAUUUCCUGAAGCCGAGAGAAGAGCAAGGAUAUUGGAAUCAACUUGGAAUCAAAAUUCCCGACAUUGAAAGUGAAAUUGACUACGAUGAUGAUGGCAUACAGUUCGAUGAAAUGAAGGAUGGAUUCGCAGCGUUUGCAGAGAAGGUUUGCGUACCAAAGUUUUGCCCUGAACGAGAUUCCGGCGGUUACUGGGCCGCACAAUGGGCUAUUAACUUUUUGAUCAGGCUUGUAGGGGAACAAGAACAUGAUGAGGCAGUCUCUAAAACAUUCGGUAAGGUAUACGCUGACACGUGGCUAGCACUCCUUAAGGCAGGACCAAGCUCCGCACAAACAGAAAUAAUGUCCAGAUUCCAAACGUACAUCUUCGAACAGUAUAUCAUGAACUGUGAACAUAAACAAUUUGCUGAAAUGUUCUCCCAAAUGAAUAUUACAUUCCACUACGACGCGUCAAUAGAAAAAGAGCACGAAGAGGGAGAAUAUGCUGACUGUGUAAAUAAAGCCAUCGGCUAUUUAUUUGAACGCAUGGAAGAGAAACAACUGAUCGAAUCACGGAAAGAAUUCCUGGAUCUGUACCAUCACUUCCAAAAACAGCAGUCUGGUCUAUCAGCGACGUUCGCUACAUACGUGGGUUAUCUACUCAGAGAUAUGGCUUCAAGAUUCCCCGACAAAAACCCAUAUGGUGAAACGAAAGGGGUUGGACAUGUAGACCCAAAAAGCGAAACGAAAGGGGUUGGACAUGAAGACCCUAAAAGCAAAACGAGAGGGCUUGGACAUGCAGACCCAAAAAGCAGCAAAGAGAGCAUUGAACUUGUGAAAAGAAUGAUCUGUGAUCCAAAGAUAAAGUCCAAAGAAGACAUGGGAAAAUUAAAAGCUGGCGCAACUUUAGAGAGUGUAAUAGAAGGAAAAUUAAAAGCCAAUGACAUACCUGGAAUGAUUGACCCUCUAAUGAGCCUCGUUUCGGAGUUUUCGAAGUCAGCCGGAUCUCGAUUCGGGAAGGAGAUUUACAAAAUCAUCAGGAAUAGACUGUUUAAUAAAAUGGACAAUGACUCCUAUGUUCCUAAUGUCAAGGUCUAUGAAUCAUGUCUGGGAAUGGUGCUAAACGUUUUACCGCAUCCGAAUGUUACAGAGCCAAUGGCGGACAUGAUCAACGCUGUAUUUGCAUAUUGCCUUAUGAAAUUUCCAGACAUGACCCAGCCUUUGGCAAAGAAAUUUGUAACCGCCAUGAUCGAACUGCUUAAAUCAGGAAACCAAAUACUGGUUAAAGUAACUGUGGGAAUAUUAAGGGAUGACGUUAUGCUAGAACGACUCAAAUGGAAGAGUUUAAUCGAGGAGGUGAGGAUGAUGCUGGGAAUUGUGGGAAAGAAGCCAAUUAAGGAGAUGCAAAAGGAUGAACGUGACAAGCUGGACACUAUAAUCAAAGGAUACACGGAUUUCUGCGAGUAUUUUCUAAUAGCGCUGCGGAAGUCUAAGGUGGUUGAACAAGUACAGAAAGAGCUUAUUGAAGCAAUAUUUGACUGCAUUGAACUAGAGAGCCCAGCAAAAGCCGACAUGGCUUAUGCAUUACAAGAUAAUCUCCGCCUAUCGAAGCCUGACAGAGAUCUUAUUAUCUUCAUUCUGACUCGCUGUAAAGCUGACCUGGACAACAAAGAGUUGAAAUGGACGAUUCACUCUAGCAAAAGUAUAUCUAAUACUCUACAGGCUGUGAUCACGGCCUAUAAUGGAAAUGGCAAAAUGGUUACCCCAGAACAACACAAGCUAUUCGCGGGGAUAUUUAAUAUUUGCAUGGAAGGGGACUCAACAGUGGAACAUUUUAUUGACUACGAUGAAUGCCAUACAGUUUAUAUGACGAUUUAGCGGGACAACCUCGCAAACUAUUUUGAAUUGCACCUAGAGACGAGUACCCAAGACUGUUUCAUUGAUGUAAUACCGGGUUUGCUCAAGUGGGCCAGGAUUUCAGUGGAGGAGGAUUGUGAACAAGUCAAAGAUACCAGUUUCCGCAUCCUCGAUUACUGUUCUAUUAAGGCGG